CGAUUCCAGGUGAUCCUGGAUUGAUUCUCAUCACUCGUCCUUCUGACUCUAUAGAGUGAUAGAGUAGAUAAACAAAUAAACUCCACAGUUAAACGAAAGCCAAGUUACUCUAUGCUCCUCUUCCAUCAAAUGCCAUCUUCCAAAACUAAACACCCCAAAAUCCAAUGCUUACAUCCACCGUAUUCGUUCAACCCACUUCAUUCCUAGUGCCAAAACCCCAAAUUUUCCCGCCAAAAUCCACCCAAUUUUCCCUGCCCACCAAAAUUUGCAACCCAAACAUGUCAAAUUUUGGUGGGUUUUCAGUAAAAGCUCAAAUGAGUGUUGAAAUUGAACCAAAAACACUAAUUGAGUAUGUGGGUAAAGGAGGAAUAGAUGUGGGUGACGAUUUGGUGGUCUUAAUUGAUCAUUUACAAUAUGCUUGCAAGAAAAUUGCUGCUCUUAUAGCUUCACCUUUCAAUUCUAGUCUUGGAAAAUUUGUGGAAGGUUCUGGAAAUAGUUCUGGGUCUGAUAGAGAUGCUCCUAAACCCCUUGAUAUUGUCUCGAAUGAAAUUAUUUUGUCUUCUCUUCAACGAUCAGGAAAAGUAGCAGUUGUGGCUUCUGAAGAAAAUGAUGCCCCAGUUUGUAUGACUGAUGAUGGUCCAUAUGUGGUGGUUAUGGAUCCUCUUGAUGGGUCACGAAAUAUUGAUGCAUCAAUUCCCACUGGAACAAUUUUUGGCAUUUACAAUCGUCUUAUGGAGCUAGAUCACCUUCCCCACAAUGAGAAGGCAUCAUUAAAUUCACUUCAAAGCGGUACCAAGCUUGUUGCUGCUGGCUAUGUCCUCUAUUCAUCAGCCACAAUUUUCUGUGCCACUUUUGGCUCUGGAGUCCAUUCAUUCACUCUGGAUCGUUCAACAGGCGAUUUUAUACUUACACAUCCUAGUAUCCAAAUUCCACCUCGAGGUCAGAUAUAUUCUGUAAAUGAUGCCCGUUACUUUGAUUGGCCGGAAGGUUUGAGGCAGUACAUUGACACUGUUAGACAAGGAAAAGGAAAAUAUCCAAAGAAAUACUCUGCACGCUAUAUAUGCUCACUGGUUGCUGAUUUUCAUAGGACUUUAUUAUAUGGUGGAGUGGCAAUGAAUCCAAGGGAUCAUCUUCGGCUUGUAUAUGAAGCAAACCCCCUCAGCUUUGUUGCAGAACAGGCUGGGGGGAAAGGUUCUGAUGGUAAAAGUAGGAUUCUUUCCAUCCAACCUAUUAAGCUUCACCAAAGAUUACCUCUAUUUCUAGGUAGUCCUGAAGAUAUUGAUGAGUUGGAGAGUUACGAAGAUAUUCAACAGAAAGUUAAUCCCGGCUAUGAAGUAUGAUCGGCAGUGCAUAUUUGUGUCACUGGUAUUGUCCAAUAUUUUGGUAUAUUUACUUUUAUUUUCUGCAAAUUCUGUGCAGAAUAAAUUUUAGAGUCACUUUGUUGUCAAUUACCAGGAAUCUGACCUUUGUUUUCUGCUUAAGAUAUACUGGAAGAUUGUUGUUAUGAACUUUUGGUUUGGUUAGUUGUUUGCAUUAGUAACUUGGCUGGUAUGACCCUAAGUAAUCUGGUGGGACUGUUAAUGGUGCAAAUGCAAGUUUUUGGCUUCCAGAUGCAGGAAAACAAAAUACUACAGUAGUAUUAUGAAAUCAGAAUAUCUGAUGUGUGUACAUGCAAGAGAUUUGUAAAUAAUGCUCAAAGCCUCAAAAGCCUCUUUGACUUUUGAGGUAAAGUAAAAGAAGUUAAUUGUUUCCC